UGCAAUCCAUCCAUCUCGCAGGGAGACUCCGUCCCCGGGCUUAGAGAAGAGCGCGUCCUCCUCUCCGGGCGCAGACUCCGAGCCGCUCCGCCUCCGAUGCAAUUGACCCGGGAAGAAGACUUUGUCAUCGGGGACUCGGCAGCGACCACCGCGGCUCUCCGGUCCGACGGCAGCGCUGGAUCUCCGGACAAAAUGUGCAGUGAAUGUUACGUGAAUCAGACAUUCGUGCACGACGAUGGGACCGUGAACGAGCACAAGCCGCGCUCCUCCCCAGCACCACCCCAGACCAACAUCAACACCAGCGGGCUCAUCUUGGACAUCUCCACGCUGGAGAUGGAGCAGCAGGAGAGCGAGGAGGUGCCUCCGCUGCCGCCCCGCUUUCGCUUCAGGGACCUGCUGCUGGGGGACCAGAGCUUCCAGAAUGACGACAGGGUGCAGGUGGAGUUCUAUGUGAACGAGAACACCUUCAAGGAGCGUCUGAAGCUCUUCUUCAUCAAAAACCAAAGAUCAAGCCUUCGGAUCCGUGUGUUCAACUUCUCCCUGAAGCUGCUCACCUGCCUGCUGUACAUCAUCCGGGUGGUCACAGAUAACCCCGCCCAGGCCGCCGGCGCCAGUCCCAGCGCGGGACAGCAGAGCGCUCCCAGCGGCAACAACAAAUGCGUUGACUGCCAGUGGAACGGAUCAGUGCAGGACAGAGAAAUUAACUGGGAGUUGAUCUUCUGGGUUGACAGAAAAGUUCCUGUCUGGGCCAUUCAAGUGAUCGUGGCCAUCAUUAGUUUCCUGGAGACGAUGUUGCUGAUGUAUCUGAGCUACAAGGGGAACAUCUGGGAGCAGAUGUUCCAGGUGUCCUUCCUCCUGGAGAUGAUCAACACAGUUCCCUUCAUCAUCACGAUCUUCUGGCCCUCGAUAAGAAACAUCUUCAUUCCCGUGUUUCUCAACUGCUGGCUGGCCAAGUGCGCUUUGGAGAACAUGAUCAAUGACGUCCACAGAGCAAUCCAGAGGACCAACUCAGCAAUGUUCAACCAGGUGCUGAUUCUCAUCUGCACCCUGCUGUGCCUGGUCUUCACCGGCACGUGUGGAAUCCAGCACCUGGAACGAGCCGGCAAAAACCUCUCUCUCUUCAACGCCUUCUACUUUUGCAUCGUCACCUUCUCCACCGUCGGCUUCGGGGACGUCACGCCCCGCAUAUGGCCCUCCCAGCUGCUGGUGGUCAUCAUGAUAUGCGUCGCCCUGGUGGUGCUGCCCCUGCAGUUUGAGGAGCUGAUGUACCUGUGGAUGGAGAGACAGAAAUCCGGCGGGAACUACAGCCGCCACAGAGCGCAGACAGAGAAGCACGUGGUGCUCUGUGUCAGCGCGCUGAAGAUUGACCUGCUCAUGGAUUUUCUCAACGAGUUCUAUGCCCAUCCCAGACUGCAGGAUUACUACGUGGUGAUCCUGUGCCCGAGUGAAAUGGACCUGCAGGUGCGCAGAGUGUUGCAGAUCCCUCUUUGGUCUCAGAGGGUCAUCUAUCUGCAGGGCUCCGUGCUCAAAGACCAGGAUCUGCUAAGAGCCAAAAUGGAUGACGCAGAGGCCUGUUUCAUUCUAAGCAGUCGCAACGAGGUGGAUCGAAUGGCUGCGGACCAUCAGACCAUCCUGAGAGCCUGGGCCGUGAAGGACUUUGCUCCAAAUUGUCCCCUUUAUGUGCAGAUACUCAAACCGGAAAAUAAGUUCCAUGUGAAAUUUGCAGAUCACGUCGUGUGCGAGGAGGAGUUCAAGUACGCCAUGUUGGCUCUCAACUGUGUGUGCCCUGCCACGUCCACUCUGGUCACUCUCCUUGUGCACACCUCCCGUGGGCGAGAAGGACAACAGUCGCCGGAGCAGUGGCAGAGGAUGUACGGAUGUUGCUCUGGCAACGAGGUCUACCACAUCCGAGUGUGCGACAGCAAGUUCUUCGGGGAGUAUAACGGCAAAAGCUUUACGUACGCCUCUUUUCACGCCCACAAGAAGUACGGCGUGUGUCUGAUCGGCAUAAAGAGGGAAGACAACAAGAGCAUCCUGCUGAACCCGGGCCCGCGCCACAUCAUGGCUGCCACAGACACCUGCUACUACAUCAACAUCACCAAGGAGGAGAACUCGGCCUUCAUCUUCAACCAGGAGGAGAGCAAGGGCCGCGGCGGCGGGGGCCUCUACGACGGGCCCCUGCAGCUCCCCGUGCACAGCAUCAUUGCCAGCAUGGGCACCGUUGCCAUGGACCUCCACAACACCAGUCCGCCCGACGUCUCGGGCGGCAAACUGGCUCCGCCCUCGCUGAACGGAGCGCGGGGCCGCCGGCCGAGCAUCGCUCCGGUCCAGGAGAUCGCCGACUCCGCCUCGAUUCUGCCUUGCGACCUCCUCAGCGAUCAAUCGGAGGAUGACUCCGUGUUCGCGGAUGAGAAAGGCGACUCGUCCGCCGAGUACGUGAAAGGUUACCCCCCGAACUCGCCGUACAUCGGGAGCUCGCCCACCUUGUGCCAUCUGUUGGCUGAAAGAGCCCCGUUUUGUUGCCUACGUCUGGACCAGGGUUGCAGGCACAACAGCUUUGUGGACGCCAAAGCGUACGGCUUCAAAAACAAGCUCAUCAUCGUUUCCGCCGAGACCGCCGGCAACGGCCUUUAUAACUUCAUAGUGCCUCUGAGGGCGUAUUACAGGCCCAGGAAAGAACUCAACCCCAUCGUGUUGCUGCUGGAUAACCCGCCAGAUAAUCACUUCCUGGAGGCCAUUUGCUGUUUCCCUAUGGUCUACUACAUGGCCGGGACCAUAGACAAUCUGGACAGCCUCCUGCAGUGUGGCAUCAUCUACGCUGAUAACCUGGUUGUUGUGGACAAAGAGAGUACAAUGAGUGCCGAGGAGGACUACAUGGCCGAUGCCAAAACUAUUGUCAAUGUACAGACGAUGUUCAGGUUGUUUCCCAGUCUGAGCAUCAUCACAGAGCUCACUCACCCAUCCAACAUGAGAUUCAUGCAGUUUCGAGCAAAGGACUGCUAUUCGCUGGCCCUCUCCAAGCUGGAGAAGAAAGAGCGCGAUAAAGGCUCCAACUUGGCCUUCAUGUUUCGCCUACCCUUCGCUGCGGGGAGAGUGUUCAGCAUCAGCAUGUUGGACACCCUGCUGUAUCAGUCUUUUGUGAAGGACUACAUGAUCCUCAUCGCAAGGCUGCUACUGGGGCUGGACACCACUCCGGGGUCAGGAUUCCUCUGUGCUAUGAAGGUGACGGAGGAAGAUCUGUGGAUCAGUACUUAUGGCAGGCUGUUCCAGAAACUCUGCUCCUCGAGUGCCGAAAUCCCUAUCGGGAUCUAUCGGACGGAGUCUCACGUGUUCCAGACGUCGGAGUCCCAGGUGUCCGUCAGCGUUGACGAAUGCGAGGACACCAAGGACAAAGGGGACGAGCCUCGCAGCAACGACCAAUCGGAUCACCCCCUGCUGAGGAAGAAGAGCAUGCAGUGGGCCCGGCGCCUGAGCAAGAAGAGCGCGAGGUGGCAGGGAGGCGGCCGGGACCCGAGCAGGGACCACGCCGCCCAGCGCAUCGCUCAGCAGCGCCUCAACCUGUACCGCCGCUCCGAGAGGGAGGAGCUCUCCGAGCUGGUCCGCAACCGCAUGCGGCACCUGGGCCUCCCCACCUCCAGAUAUGAAGACCUGACCAAUCUGACAGCCAGCGACGUCAUGAACAGAGUCAAUCUGGGAUACCUACAAGACGAGCAGAACGAUCAGCAGAACACCCUGUCCUACGUCCUGAUCAACCCUUCUCCCAACACCAGGCUGGAGCUCAACGACGUCGUGUACCUGAUUCGCUCAGACCCUCUGGCCCACGUCCCGGAGGAGCCUCCCGUCCGCGGGAGCAGCCUGAGAGAAAGGCGCGAGUCGGGCACGGAGGUCAGAGAAGACACGGAGCUCUGAUGGCGUGACGACCUUCAAACCUUCGUGGUCACCUUGAUGCGUCCGCGCAGGUCCGGCUUGAAGAGAAAAAAAAAAAAAAAAGAGGACAAUUUGUGCUACGACGUUGCCGCGCUGGCGUCCACAGCUGUAUCAUACGAGUGCCUGCUGUGUGGCAGGUGACAAUCGAUGCCACCUGGCUGUGACGUUUUCAUGGGAUUCUUUGCAGCUCAGUUUAGAUGACUGAAGGUGUCCCUCCUGCAGAGAGAGAGAGAGUUGGUCACAGUGAUUGUAGAUUUUGGUUUCCGCUCCCUCAGGAAAAGCGCGAGUUAAAAAAAAAAAAGAAAAAAAAAAGAUGAGCGAUUGCGGGAAGAAGACGUCUGCGGCCCUGCAUCUAUCCAUUGUUCCUUGACUUUUUGGAAAUCUAAUGGAGAUCAGCACAUAUUUUAAAGGUACAGGGGCCAUGAACAUAAUAUAACAUAAUAACAUGAAAUCAAGUAUACUAUACAUUUCCACACUGGGAGAUCAAAUAUGUUGAUUAAAGCUUUCCUUUAAAGCUUAUUUUCCAUAGCUGAACCAUAGAAGUGUGUUAUCCAGUGGUGUAGAUGUCCUAAUCAGUAGGUUAUGUAAAAACAACAAUGGUUACUUAUUUGUUUCUCCGCUGUACCUGUUUGAGGUUUUUGGACUACAAGUGCUUAGUUCAACCCCUUUAAUAGGGCACUAUGCCGUACAUAGAUUGUUUGAUUUUUGAAUAUGUUAGUAAUCAGAACACCUCAUCUUACCUCCAGCGCUGCUCUGUUAAAAAAUGUGCUCUUUAAAUCGUUUAAAUUGUGGUUGUUUGGACCAAGUAGGCAUUUCUAAAAUGCUAAAUCCUGUACACACGGUUUGACUUUGACUGUAAAAUCCAUCCAUAUUUAAAUGUUUAUUUAAGUGUUAUAUGAGGAAAAAAACAUUAACUGUUGCUGUCAUAUAAAUCAGCAAUAGUAUUGCUACUCGUCUCUCUGACUGUUAAUUGAAAGGAAUAGUCUCAGGAAUUUGUUAAUAUCGUUAAUAACGGCCUAAAUGUAAAGCUUAUAAUACUUGAGUGCAAAGAAGAGUUCUGCAGUAUUACAUACUUUUAAAUAUUCAAAUUACUCCUUAAAUGAAUAAGAAAGAAAAGUAAAAGGUAGAAGCAAAGAGAGCAGAGGGGCAAACGAUGGUUUUAGGAAAGAGGAAGGAUGGAGCAGUGUGACUAACAGGUCACAUGACUGGUAAUUAAGACUGGAGAUCAGGUCCAAUCAGGCCACUCAAGUGAAAACACCUGUGUGUUCUUUUUUGUGUUGGUGCCCAGAGGCUCAGUGGUGUAAAUUAAUACCUAUUUACGAUGCUUUGUUUGAGUGUGUUCAUUUCAGAGUUUUGGUUCAUCCUCGGCCCGCAACAACUUUCAACCCAGUGUCAUGAUAACUGAGCUCCUUUUUCCUUGAUCCUGCUAACAAAUAAACAAAAGCGAAAACGUAC